AUGCACGGCAGUCCUUCGACCUCCACGCCUCGAGGGUCGCCCUCGAAACGGAGCAAAUCCUCCCGAUUCACCACGCCCACCCCAGCACAGGCCAUAUCUAAUUCUGCAAGCUCCUCUAAAUUGCCGGACCAACCAACUCCCACAUUUUACUCUUGUAUCAGCAUUCCAGUCGAGGGCGCGAUUCCAAUUGAAGACGAGCCGACUCGUGAUUCUAGGACUCCUCUGCCAGAGCCUUCCUCUGAACCGAAGCGGGCACCACGGAAAUCAAAGACAGAUGCUCUGGCUGCUAUGAAAGACAGAGAAAUAUCGUACUCGGUCGAUCGUGAUGACUCCGAGCCUCCCGACAUUUUGGAAGAGAUGUACCGCAAUGCCGCCCCCAUACCCGUCUCUCCCACACUUGACCUUUCUACUGUCAAAACAACAAGUCCUCGUGGCUAUAAACCUCCACUUAAUGUCUCCCGCCCCUUUGAAAUACAGGAUUGUCCUGAAUACUUUCCUACUGCGGAGGAAUUCAAGGACCCGAUGGCCUAUGUCAACUCUAUCGCAGACGAGGCAAAAGCUUUUGGUAUCUGCAAGAUUGUACCGCCAGAAGGCUGGAACAUGCCUUUCGUGACAAAUACCGAAACAUUUCGCUUCAAAACACGUCUGCAGCGUCUCAACUCAAUAGAGGCUGCAUCUAGAGCAAAGAUCAACUUCUUGGAGCAGUUAUAUCGAUUCCAUAAGCAGCAGGGGAAUGCGCGCGUUGUUAUCCCGACCAUCAACCACAAGCCGCUGGAUUUGUGGCUCCUCAAGAAGGAGGUCAACAAACUGGGAGGAUAUGAAGCGGUCACCCGAGACAAGAAAUGGUCAGAACUGGGAAGGCUCCUUGGCUACCGGGGCAUACAAGGUCUAGCCACACAGAUCAAGCAGUCCUACCUGCGAGUUGUCUUGCCCUAUGAGCGUUUCUGCGAUCAACCGAGGAAUGCCCCUAACACACCUUCAAGCGCCCAGUCGGGCAAGCCGAUGAGUCGUUUAGAUGCGAACGGCGUCGACCCUGCACCUACAUUCAGUCCGCUAACCCCUUCAAGUCCGCUUUCAGAGCCGCCACUUGACUCGGAUGAGGAAGAUGACGGCCCCGGCACACCCACUAAGCCCCGUCGAAGCAGGCGGGUCAACUCAUCUGACCCCACAUCUUCCAACACAAAGAAAUCCGCUGCUAACGCUGGUCCUGCCGUCCCGGUUGAUAUACCGGCUGUUCUUCACUCUAAAAUUGGCGCUAAAGAAAUAACAGAGGCACAUUGUGAAAUAUGCUUGCAGGACGACAACGGGACCUCUAUGCUGUUAUGUGAUGGCUGUGACUGUGGCUUUCACACAUUCUGUUUGACGCCACGCGUAAAGAGCAUUCCCAAAGGACAGUGGUAUUGCCACGCCUGUCUUUCAGGGUCUGGCCGCGAUUUUGGCUUUGAUGAAGGCGACGAGCAUACUCUAUCCAGUUUCCAAGCCCGAGACGCAGAAUUUAGGCGCGUCUGGUUCAAAACACAUCCUCCGCUAAGGCCGGAAAAUGCCAUGGACAUCGACGAUCCUACAAAUACUCGUAUCGGUAAUGUGAUACUCUCUGAGUACGAAAUGGAGAAUGAGUUCUGGAGAUUGGUCCAGACACCUCAUGAAACGGUUGAGAUCGAAUACGGUGCUGACGUGCACUCUACGACACAUGGAAGUGCCAUGCCUACCAUGGAAUCUCAUCCACUAGAUCCUUAUGCAAAAGACCCCUGGAACCUUAACAACAUUCCUAUUGUCAACGAUUCUCUUUUGCGGUUCAUCAAGUCAGAUAUUUCUGGCAUGACUGUUCCAUGGACUUACGUAGGAAUGACAUUUUCGACUUUCUGUUGGCACAACGAGGAUCAUUACACAUAUAGUAUUAACUUUAUGCACUGGGGUGAAACGAAGACGUGGUAUGGAAUUGCUGGCGAGGAUGCAGAUUUGUUCGAAGCUGCAAUUCGUAGUGAAGCGCCUGAUCUAUUCGAAGCUCAGCCUGACCUCCUUUUCCAAUUGGUCACGCUUAUGAAUCCGCAACUUGUCAAGGAGGCUGGCGUACGCGUGUUCGCCUGCAAUCAGAGGGCGGGAGAAUUUGUGAUCACGUUCCCCAAAUCUUAUCACGCAGGUUUCAAUCAUGGCCUCAACUUCAACGAGGCCGUCAACUUCGCGCUUCCUGACUGGUUACCCCACGGUAGAGAUUGUGUGCAAAGAUACCGUGAUCACAGAAAGCUACCUGUGUUUUCGCAUGAUGAGUUGCUCAUUACCAUUACUCAACAGUCGCAGUCAAUCACAACGGCUAUAUGGCUAAUAGACAGUCUACGGGAAAUGACAGAUCGAGAAAUGCGAGACCGUGAGACCGCGCGAUCCAUGGGCAUGGCGCAGAUUUUGGACGAACAAGAUCGACCAGAAGACCAGUAUCAAUGCGCUGUCUGUAAAGCGUUUUGUUAUCUCUCUCAAGUCACUAGCAGUUGCACUACGCAAGUCGUGUGUGUGGACCAUGCACAUCUGCUUUGCGACAAGGCUGAUCACCAGGCUACGUACACGCUGCGAAAACGCUUCUCGGACGAUGAAUUACGGGAAAUCCUUGCUAAAGUCGAAGAGCGUGCUGCCAUACCCUCGACGUGGCAAACAAAGCUUUCCAAACUGCUUUCUGAUAGCCCCAAACCGCCCCUGCGCUCUCUUCGUGCACUUCUUGCCGAAGGGGAACGAAUUAACUAUCACAUACCCGAACUUGCACAUCUUAAAAAGUGUGUCGCCAAGGCUAAUGAAUGGGUAGAUGAAGCCAAUGCGUUCAUCGUUCGUAAACAGAGUCGCAAACGGUCCAGGCGUUCCCGAGGCCGUCACGCUUUGAACGACGUGGACGAUUCAGAUCGACCUGAUCGAACUCUUGAUGAUUUGUAUCAGGUUCUGAAGAAGGUUGAUAUGCUCGGUUUCGACUGUCCCGAAAUAGCGGCGCUACAAAAUCUGGCGCAGCGAGCUGAGGAUAUGAAGAAACAGGCUGAUGUGCUCAUGGGAGGAGAUCAGGACACUGAAGCUGAAGACUAUAUCGAGCGGUGUAGACGUCUUCUUUUAGAGGGUUCGUCUUUGAAUGUUCUACUUGAUGCACUGGUGCGAGUGGAACAAAUUGUCGAAAGGGUGCAGCUGAGCAAGGAGCUCAAGGAGAAGCUGGACGAUGGGGAGAUUACGCUGACGCUAGAGGAGGUGCGCCAACUCCUGACACGUACCCGUGCGUGCAAUAUGCCGGCCGACGAUAAGUAUGUGCAGCUUUUAGAAAGCCGGCAGCGCGUCGGAGACACUUGGGAAGAUCGGGCAAAGGGUGUCCUCUCCCUACCCAUUAAAACCAUCGAAGAGCUGGAAGAGUUUUCUAACCUGGACAGUAACAUCCCCAUUGAUCCCACAGUUCUCGACCGUCUCAUGCAGGCCCGUGCCAAAGCGAAAGACUUCGAAAAGCAGGCUCUAGCUUGGCUGCAUCCUGAACCCGAUAUAUCGAAACCUCGACCGCAGGACGUCAUGCGACUUGUAAAUCGUGCUGAGAAGGACUUCAAAAUAUCCGCAGUGCGCGAUCUCAAAGUUACUGCUGAAAUUGCAGUUGACCUUGAGACGCGAUGUGAACAAGUGAAGAACAACAUGUACCGCAAGUCUUCGAAUGAGGAUUUAUUCGCUACUUUGCGACAGUGGCGCUCUUACACGCGAGACCACCUGAAAAUGUUUACUUUGCCGUUCUUUGACGAAGUCGAGAAGGAGCUUGGAAAGCACGAACAGUGGCUGAAAGAGCUACCCUGGUGGUGCGAGGAGCACGAACAACCCGAGGGUCAGGAUAUCCUUGACGACGUGUUGGCUUGCACCCGCAAAGAGGACGACGACCCCCCUACAGAUGAAUUCUUCACUUGCAUCUGUAACAACCCGGUGCGCCCUCCACCUGCCGGAAUUCCAUCUGACGCCGUGCAAUGUGACUAUUGCUUCGCUCGAUUCCAUGGAGAAUGUGCUAAAAACGGAGGUUCUUGUCCGUUUUGCGACCAUCAUCACUGGAACGGUGAAAUUCGUAAGGAACGAAACUGGCAUUUCUGCUACCUUCCACACAUCCUCCGGAAUGCACCUGAUAUAACCAAAAAUUAUUCCGAUGACUGGCGGCAGUUGCAGAUCAUCAUUCAUCGCGUAGAUCGCCUAUCAGCCGUGAUUGGGCAGUUUCUGUCGUAUACGUCACAACCUGAUCAUCAACGACCCGAUUUCAUUCACCAAGUCCGACACUACAUGCGUAAGCUCUACAAGAUCCAAUUUGCUGUUUCCCCCAAUCCCGACGUUUCCUUUGGGCUGGACCUUGCCCAACUCCAUCGCAUAUUGGCCGGACGACCCCCUCUUAUGCGACCGAAGAAACGCAAACGGCCCAAGUUCACGUUUGGCCAGGACAUCGAUCGUGACUGGUCGGACGGGACCCGAUGCAUAUGCAGAGGUCGUACACCUUACCUUCUCAAUUAUGCAACGGUCCAGUGCGAGUCAUGUGAGAAGCACUAUCACUCAGGUUGUGUCUUCUUCCCUCAGGAACCCACGGUUCAUGCCCGGAAGCAUUACACAUGUCCUCUUUGCUGUUUACGGAAAGGAAGGCCCUAUCCGUUCGCUGAAGUCAGAGUUAAACCAUACGGUGAGUUGCUCAAUCUAGCGCUACAGAAUCUAGUGGUGAUGUCUCUUGAAGCAGAAGGCAAUAUUGCCCCUGAACUCUACGUCAAUGUUGAAGAGAUGCUGGAAAGUUGUAGCAAAGACAUCAUUUACAAGAAGCUGCCUCCGCCCUAUAUGGCGACGCUUUUCGUUGAGCUCGUUAAGUUCAGCCCUGGACAGCCAGAGACACCAAAUGCGGAGCCACAUCCGCUGUCCUCUUCUUCAAUACCUCCACCUGGUUCUUCUCGAGCUCCCAUUCCUCCCCACAAUGGCGUGUCUCAUCAUACCCGACAUCUUCCCGCUGCCAUACCUGUAGCAUCAUCUUCUCGACCGUUAUCGAAUUCGCCAUCGUCUGGUCAACAUCCUCCACCACCUCCGUGGUCUCGGUGGAACCCGUCUCUCCCUCCUCCCGGGUCGUCGCCAACCUUGCCACGACGGGAGAUUAUUCCUAUCGAGCCCCAACCGUUGAGAAAGCGCAAGCACUACGAAGAGUCUCCCUUGGAAGAGUUUAGGCCUCUUAGAGCGCCCUCCCCAAAACGGCGUUCUCUGGAACCUCCGAGUCAUCCAUCGGCGUCCCAAACGACCACACCUGUUCUGCCGCCUCUACACACGCCCCGUCAGACGCUUUCACCAUCCCUUGCUAUGAUUAUGUCUACGCCAGAUCCACCGUAUUCAGGUCCUACAUAUGAUGCACAUAAUGCCCGUUUACUUGACGUAAAGACCUCGCCUUCCCUUUUACCGAGAAAUAGGUGA